AAAUUCCAUGACCAAGUCUAGAAACCUCAAAUUCUCAUCAAUUUGGGCAACUUAUUUGACUAAAACCCAACCCCCAAUCGACACUUAAUGCGAACAACAAGACAUUGACACCUAACUUCAACAAUGACAACUACCUUAAAAAAUGACACCUACCAUCGAAUUUGCCUAUAUCAAGCAAAACACAAUAGCCAUAAGAUGAUGAACCAUUGGAUUUUGUGAAUCGUAAUCUCAUAGCAAACUACAUAGGCACAUAUGGCAAUUAGUUGCUCCAACAUAGAUACUCUGCCGGAGGAUUGUGUUUCAAAAAUUCUAACGUACACAUCUCCACUUGAUGCAUGUAAUUUCUCAAUGGUAUCCUCAACUUUGCAUUCAGCAGCUAACUCUGACACACUUUGGAGAAGCUUCUUACCCUCUGACUAUGAAGACAUCAUCUCAAGAACCCUCAAUCCCCUCACUCUCCAAUCUUCUUCUUCAUAUAGACAUCUCUUCUUCUCUCUCUGCCAACAACCUCUGCUCCUAGACAGGGGCCACAUAAGCUUUAAAUUGGACAAGUAUUCGGGUAAAAAAACUUAUAUCCUAUCUGCAAGAGAAUUGUCAAUAACAUGGAGUAAUGAUCCAUUGUAUUGGAGCUGGAGACCAUCUCCUGAAUCAAGAUUCGCAGAGGUGGCUGAGGUAAGAACAGUGAGCUGGUUAGAGAUUAAAGGUAAAAUGAGGACUCACAUUCUAACACCAAACACGACAUACGUUGUUUAUCUCAUCACAAAGGUUUCACAUCGUGUGUAUGGACUUGAUUCUGCGCCAGCUGAGGUAUCAGUUGCAAUGGCCAACAAAGUGCAAAAUGGGAUGGCAUAUUUGUACAAUAAAUAUGAGGAUACUAUGUUUUAUGAAAACCAUAGAAAGAUGGAACGAAACAAAUUGAUGGAAGAUAAUAAGGAAAUUCGAGUUCCAUCUAAAAGGGAUGAUGGGUGGAUGGAAAUUGAAUUGGGUGAAUUUUUCUGUGGUGAAGUUGACAUGGAGGUUAAGAUGAGUGUUAUGGAGGUUGGUUAUAGAUUGAAGGGUGGUCUCAUCGUUGAAGGAAUUGAAGUUAGACCAAAAUAAACAUGUUUGACUAUAGAUAGUAGAAGUAAAACCAAAGGUAAAGGCAAUUUUUUAUUGUUAGUUGUAUUUUUCUGAUUUUUUUAAAAGUAUUUUUGUGAAUAAAAUAAAUAAAUACUAGAAAGACAGAAUGAGAAUGUAUAAUUAUUAUUAUACAUAGCCAAUUUUGUGCAAAAACUGUACAAUUUUUAGAUGUAAUUAUAAUAUAUCGUUAUUUA